CUGUACAUUACAUUUGCAGAUUUUCAAAACUACCUUCGAAAUCAGCCGGGAAAUUCGACCAGCAUCAAUCUAAUAAUUUGCACGGUCGACUACCUGCUUCGCCUUCAAGAGUCGAUAAUGGACUUCUACUGGCACUAUUCUAGCAAGGAAGUAGUGGAUGAAGCGGGAAAACAGAAUUUCUUGAAAGCGCUCUCAGUCUGCAGUCAGGUGUUCAACACGAUUACCGAAACGAUUCAGGGCCCAUGCGUUGGCAAUCAGAUGGCUUUGGCGAAUAGUCGUCUGUGGGACGCGAUCAACGGAUUCUUCUUCCUGUUCGCUCACAUGAUGGACAAACUUAGUAAAAACCACACGCAGCUAGAACUGUUAAGAGAAUUCCUCAGCCUACAGAAGGACAUGAUCGUGCUAAUGCUGAGCAUGCUUGAAGGUAACGUUCUGAACGGUCCGAUUGGCAAGCAGAUGGUUGACACGCUGGUCGAAUCGCAGCAGAACGUGCAGAUCAUCUUGAAGUUCUUCGACAUGUUCCUGAAACUGAAAGACCUGACGACUAGCCAGGCG